AUGAUCUGUCAUCAGGCAGGAACGGCGUUACGCUUACGUGACGAGAGAGCUAGGCCUAGAAUGGGCAAAUCCGGGUUCACCGCCCAGAUCGGUAUGGAACGCCUGAAACGGAAUUACGGUACGGGUCCAGUGGAGUCUGCAGCUGCACGACGUGGUCCAAUAAAGGAUCCAAGGCCAGGUGAGGAGAAAUCGAAAAGAGAUAGGUAG